CCUUCGAAUUCAAGCAGAAUCGAAAUCAAGUCGGUCUAGCAGCGAAGCAUUCCUGUCAUUCGUCGAAGAUGGCAUGACCGCAUGGGACUAACAAAAAAGGCAAAGCGUUCUAAGUAAAAAGCAACAUUACUGUCCUUGGAAAACUCAACUCGCGCCCUUUCCUCUACAUUUCUUUUGCUGAUUGAGGUUAAUUGUAAGGGUGCGGAAUUAGGGUACAUGUUUUCGACAUCGCAUCAUCCUUCGAAUAUCACGGCUCCCGCAGACGCCUUCCUCCCACUCUUUGCCUCCUGGACCUUUUGUUCUGUUUUAUACCGAAUAGAUACGAAAGCACUAUCUAGAGUCUAUUGGUUCUUGUAUAUUCAUUCCCAAGUAUUUUAUUUAUUUUAUUUAUUUGUAUCCUAAUUUUGUCCCGCACACAAUGGAUUCAUCGCAAUUUCGAGACGCAGCGCAUACGGCAAUUGAAGAUAUCAUUAAAUACUACGACACCAUCCAAGAUCGUCCCGUCCUCCCAUCUGUGUCCCCGGGCUAUUUGAAACCCCUCCUCCCAACUUCUCCACCCCAAGAAGGCGAAUCAUGGCCAGCCAUCCAAUCCGAUAUCGACAAAUUCAUCAUGCCAGGCCUAACCCACUGGCAGUCCCCUAAAUAUAUGGCUUUCUUCCCCUGUAACUCUUCGUUCCCAGGGAUGUUAGGGGAAAUGUAUUCGUCUGCUUUUAAUGCCGCCGCUUUUAAUUGGAUAUGCUCACCCGCGGUCACGGAACUCGAGACAAUUGUUAUGGAUUGGGUGGCCAAAUUAAUCGGACUACCGAAAGAGUAUCUGAGUGAAGGAGAAGGAGGUGGUAUUAUUCAGGGGACGGCCAGUGAAGUUGUAGUUACGGCUGUCGUUGCAGCCCGCGAGCGCAUUUUACGCGGGAGACUAUCCGACAUGAAGGACAGCGAGGAGAAAUGGGAUAAGAUAGCUGAAAUGCGCGGGAAGCUCGUCGCACUAGGUUCUGAACACGCACAUUCGAGUACCCAUAAAGCUGCCAUCAUAGCGGGGACGAGGUAUCGCAGUGUCCCAGCACCACGAGCUACGGAUUUCGCCGUCACGGGCGCUGCCCUAAGGACAGCGAUUGAAGAAUGCAAAGCGAAGGGUCUCGAGCCGUUCUACUUCACCGCCACCAUUGGUAGCACAGCAACGUGUGCUAUCGACGACCUCGAAGGGAUUUCAGAAGUUGCAAAGGACUACCCAGACAUCUGGAUCCACGUCGACGCCGCCUACGCUGGUUCUGCGCUCGUAUGUCCGGAGUACCAAUAUCUCUGCCCCCCUAUUCAAAAUUUCUCGUCCUUCAACUUCAACCUGCAUAAAUGGCUACUGGUGAACUUCGACUGCAGCGCUUUUUUCAUUAAAAAGAGGAGAGACUUGACUGAUACGUUUUCAAUAACGCCGAGUUAUCUCCGUAAUGAGUUCUCCGAUAGAGGACUGGUGACGGAUUACAGGGAUUGGCAGAUCCCGCUUGGACGUAGGUUUCGCAGCUUGAAGGUUUGGUUUGUGCUGAGGACGUAUGGCGUAUCUGGUUUGCGGGCGUUUAUAAGAAACCAUAUCAAGCUGGGGGAAUACUUCCACUCCCUCCUCCUAACCCGAACUGAUCUCUUCACCGUAAUAACAAGCCCGAAAUUCGCGCUCACGACAUUCAUUAUCAACCCCCAUCCUCGCUAUGCUCCCUCUGCGGCAACAACCCUCCCUGGUCCAACCCACGAAGCCUAUCUAAACGACUUCACGACGGACGCGGAGGCGCGGUAUCAAGCAGAAGUUAACCGGGUUACGAAAGAGGUCUAUGAGAGAGUUAAUACACAGGGAGAGUUCUUUAUUACCGGGACGGUGGUCUGUGGGAAUUUUUUGAUUAGAGUAGUAAGUGCAACGGAGAAUGCGGAGGAGAGGUGGUUGAAGAGGGUUUUUGAGGUGUUGGUGGAUGAGGCGGAGAGGGUUGUUGGGGUGAAGGAAGCAUAGUCGAAGGCAAAUGGGGAGGGG